AUGCCCCAAUUAGACCCCCAAUCAUCUCAACCCCCCGAUCCCUCAACCUCAGAUUCAAUGGCCAAAUCCUACCAACCAUCCCUCCUAACAGCCCUCCACUGCCAUCAACACAUUCAUCUCAUAAUAGGCCUCUCCCCCAUCGCCUUCUCUCGUGCGCAAUCGUCUCUCCUUGCCAACGCCAUCCCCAUCCUCAUCGCUCCCCUCCCCGAUGGCACACAAUCCGUCGAAGAUGCAGGGGUCCAUCACAACCUUGUUACCCUCAUAAAUGAGGGGAGAGUGAAGCAUCUCAACCGGGCGUUUAACCCAGAGAAGGACCCUUUCGAGCUAGGGAGGGACGAGGUCGGGAAGGUAGUGGACGCAGUCUUUGUCGUCAGUACCCCCGAGGGUACCUUAGCACCGGGGUGGACUAGGGAAAGGGUGGCCGAGUUGUGUCGGAGGAAUCGCAUACCCAUUAAUGUCCUCGACUCACCUCAGCUAAGCACAUUCUCCCUGCUCUCAGUGCAUAACGACGGCCCAUUGCAAAUUGGUGUCACAACCAACGGGAUGGGGUGUAAACUCGCCUCGCGCAUACGACGUGAGCUCGCCUCGUCGUUGCCCAAGGGGUUGGGGGAGGCAUGCGAAAGGUUGGGCAGAGUUAGGAGGAGAAUUAUCGAGGAGGGUGAGGUUCCAGAGCAGGGUGAGGGUGAGGGGGAUGAUAGCCUUGAGCAGGGGAGGGGAUUGAAUCGGUUGGUGCUGGAGGGGAGCGUGGAGGAGAGAAAGGGUCGAAGGAUGAGAUUUUUGGCGCAAGUAUGUGAGUACUGGCCGUUGAAGAAGUUGGCGGGGGUUACGGAGGAUGAGGUGAGAGCGGUUUGGGAGGGGUAUUUGAGGGGCGAGGGGCAGCAGAAUGGCACACACAAAGGACAACAGAAUGAAGCGAUUUUGCGAGAACAACAAAUUCGUGCUCAGGUCGACCAAAAUGGCUCCCAUACUUCUCAAGCACAAGGGCUCGGCCUGAUAAUCCUAGCCGGCUCUGGUCCCGGACACCCCUCUCUCCUCAGCCGCGCAACCCACACCGCGAUCCUCACCGCUGACAUCAUCCUCGCCGAUAAACUCGUCCCUUCUGGCGUGCUCGAUCUCAUCCCGCGCCGUACGCCCGUGCAAAUAGCCCGCAAGUUUCCCGGCAACGCCGACGCAGCACAAGAAGAGUUUUUGACUCUGGCACUCUCCCAUCUGCGACAGGGAAAGACUGUGCUGAGGUUGAAACAAGGCGAUCCGUUUAUUUAUGGGCGAGGAGGAGAAGAAGUGGCAUUCUUCAGGGAGCACGGCGUGCCAGAAGAGAAGAUUGUCGUCCUGCCGGGGGUUACGUCCGCUUUGAGCGCGCCGCUCUUUGCCGGGAUCCCGGCUACGCAACGGGAUGUGGCUGAUCAGGUACUUAUUUGCACGGGGACGGGGAAGAAGGGGAAGCCGCCGGCUCCGCCGGAGUAUGUCCCCUCCCGCACGGUGGUAUUCUUGAUGGCGCUGCACCGAAUCGAAGGUCUCGUCGCGGAACUGACCUCCCCCACUGCCGAAGAACUUGAGAACAGCAAAGGAGGGAACCGGGCUUUCUGGCCAAUCAAUACCCCUUGCGCGGUGAUCGAGCGAGCGAGUUGUCCCGAUCAGAGGGUGAUCAGGACAACGUUGAAGUGGGUAGUGCAGGCGAUUGAGGUGGAGGGGAGCAGGCCUCCAGGGUUGCUGGUUGUUGGGCGAGCGUGUGAAGCGUUAUGGACGAAGGGGGGAAAGGAGAGGUCAUGGGUUGUGGAGGAGGGGUUUAGGGGGUUGGAGUGGGAGGGGGUUGAGAGGGCGCUGGAAGGGUUGGGUGAGUGA